GCACUCAAUGUGUAUAUCAGCGCCAUUAAACACUGGUGGAGAAUAACGUUAGCUACGUUUUCUUAAAUCAUUCUCCAGAGGGCGUACGUUGUCUGUAGAAAAGAAGCAAACGAUUCUCGCGUUAGUGUCGCGUUGCGAGUGGCGAAACGACCGUGGGAGGGAUACAUUGGUGAAUCACAGUGAAAGGACUAGUGAGUGACUCUCGCGCGUUUUUUCCAAUCAUUCCCGGCGUGCGUGAGUGCGUUAACGUACGCGUUAAAGCGUUAUUCAGUCGCAUUAAAGUAACGUCGAAGUCAGGUCUCGUUAAUCGAGGUGGAAACAAUAAGAAAAGUCGAGGAAAGUUCUUUGGCAUAGACGUAGAACAAUUAUUCCUCAACUAGGGUAUCUCCAGUGGAUUUCGGAACGAACCGGAAGUAAUAGUGAGGCCAUCUUGCGGGCGAUAUUUCGGCUCUCGGCCAUUUUUGUUGCGUCGACGACGUCAAGUGCGGCCAGGGGCCUCUCUUUCUCUCUCUUCCUCAUCGAAGCCAGUCCUCGAGUUUCCUUUGUGUCAGAACAGCGGCGGACGGCCGAGGCGUGCGAUCAACCUUCUCAAUUGAAGCGAGUAUUCUUUUAACGGAAGUACGAGGGAUUAUUGUAUUAUCGCUGAUACAACGAGAAAAGCGAGUUUCUGCGAAAGAGCUACGAAAACUACGCACCGAGGCGGAGUAAUAUGAGUAAUGCAGCCAACCAGAAUGGAUCAGGUCUAGAGCAGCAGUUAGCUGGUCUGGACUUGCAGGACUCCCGCCAACCGAGUGGGGGUCGUUACGUACCACCGCAUCUACGUAAUAAAUCUGGAAGUAACGGAUCUUCCGGCGGUGAUCAACAUUCCUCAAACAAUCCGAGACCAUUCUCGGAGAGGGAUAGGGGCGGAGAUCGCGACAGGGAAAGGGACCGUGGUCGUGGAGGUGGUGGUGGAGGUGCAGGAGGCGGCGGAGGAGGAGGAGGUGGUGGUGGCGGCGGCGGCGGUUACAGGGAUUCUCGUGGAGGCCGUGACAUUGACUUCGGCAACUUCGGAAGCCGCAACCGACGCGGUGGUAAUCAGGAAAAUGGUAGAGACUACCGGUAUGCCAAUGCUGGGGAACGCGAUCGCCCGGUUACUUCCGGUAACGAUCGUUGGCAGGAACAGCCUAGAAACGACCGCUGGAACGAGAACAGGAAUGACCAGAGAAUGGGAAGUUCCGGCGGCAGGUGGAAGGAUGAGAGGGAGGGCGGCGGUGGAGGUGGCGGCGGAGGAGGAGGCGGCGGACGUGGAAGAGGCGAUGUCGAUUGGACAAAUCUCACCUCUCGCGACGAGAGACUCGAGUUGGAAUUAUUUGGUACUGGGAAUACCGGAAUCAACUUUAGCAAAUACGAGGACAUCCCAGUUGAGGCUACCGGAGACAAUAUACCACCCCAUAUCACAUCCUUCGACGAGGUUAAGCUGACCGAGAUAGUACAGAACAGUAUCACCUUGGCAGGUUAUGACAAGCCUACUCCGGUCCAGAAGUACGCGAUUCCGAUCAUCAUGGGACACCGUGACGUGAUGGCCUGCGCUCAGACGGGCUCCGGUAAAACUGCGGCCUUCCUAGUGCCAAUUUUGAAUCAGAUUUACGAGUGUGGACCUCGUGCCCCACCGCCCCAGGCUGGCGCCUCAGGGAGGCGCAAGCAGUAUCCCCUGGGACUCGUCCUGGCUCCCACUAGAGAAUUGGCCACUCAAAUCUACGACGAGGCGCGCAAGUUCGCCUACAGAUCCCGUAUGCGACCAGCCGUCGUCUACGGCGGUGCUAAUAUCGUCGAUCAGAUGCGCGAAUUGGAUCGUGGCUGCCAUUUGCUGGUCGCCACUCCAGGUCGUCUGGUAGACAUGCUCAGCCGCGGCAAGAUCGGUUUACAUAAUUGCCGGUAUCUUGUGCUUGAUGAGGCCGACCGGAUGUUGGACAUGGGUUUCGAACCACAAAUCAGACGCAUCGUCGAAGAGGAUACGAUGCCCCCAACAGGAGAACGUCAAACUCUCAUGUUCUCAGCUACCUUCCCGAAGGAGAUCCAGAUUCUGGCACGCGACUUCCUGAGCAAUUACAUAUUCCUUGCUGUUGGUCGCGUCGGCUCCACGUCUGAGAAUAUUACACAGAAGAUCGUGUGGGUCGAGGAACACGAUAAGCGUUCCUACCUGCUCGAUCUACUGCAAGCAAGCGAUUUCAGGGAAUCCUUGGGAGAAGAUGGCGUAUCGGCAGAGUCAUUGACGCUCGUAUUCGUGGAGACGAAAAAGGGCGCUGACAUGCUCGAGGAGUUCCUCCAUCAGAUGAAUUAUCCGGUGACAAGUAUCCACGGCGACAGAAGCCAGCGCGAGCGCGAGGACGCGUUGCGUCGUUUCCGUGCCGGAAAGGCGCCGAUUCUCGUCGCAACAGCUGUCGCCGCUCGUGGUCUCGAUAUUCCCCACGUGAAGCACGUUAUCAAUUUCGAUUUACCCGGCGAUGUCGAGGAAUACGUUCAUCGUAUAGGUCGUACCGGUCGUAUGGGAAAUCUAGGUCUGGCAACGUCGUUCUUCAAUAACAAGAAUCACGGUCUAGUACGUGAUUUGGUCUCCUUGCUGGUCGAGGCUAACCAGGAGCUGCCAACUUGGCUCGACAAUAUGUUCGCAGAUGCAAGACACAACGGAGGCGGUAGACGUUCCGGAACCACCAAGGGUGGUCGCUUCAGCGGCGGCUUCGGUGCGAGAGAUUAUCGUCAGCAGGCCAGCGCUGGCUCAGCACGUAACAACGGCUCAUCCGGAAGACCCGGUAGCUACGGUGGUGGCUACGGGGGUGGUUACGGAGGCAACUAUAACAAUUCGUCGUACAACAAUUCCUCCAACAACGGCAGCAGCAACGGCCCCGACUGGUGGGGAGGAUGGGACAAGUAGAUCAUUAACAUGAACUCCAUCGCCACUAUUACUACCAUUAUUACUACUACUCUACACGCAAAUUCAAUUAUAUGUAAGAGACACGUACGAUUCCACACAUCCACAUCCACAGAAAAACGCGCGCGCACAUACAGAACACGAAAUACGGUAUACUCUACUUGCGUCUGACGUCACAUUGUCACACUGACGUGUUUUUACUUGACACGUGCAUGCUCGAAUGCCAAAGACACACGGAGUAUAACCACGUUUACGCCACGGGACGGGACAGUACUGCAAACUUACAGAUGACGCGCCGCCCAUCAACUCUGCACUCCAGUUUCUUUUCAAUUAAAGACGAAGAGACGUUAGACUCAUGAUUCCCAUGUCAAUACGUUAAUUCGUACGCGCGACGACGCUUACGACGGGUGAUUUAAAUUGUUUGGCGAUUUACGCGAGGUGUGUCGGUGCGUUAAGUCAAACGAAAUUAUUUGGCGAGCGAUUGGCCGUGUGUUGGCUGAUUUUUUUUUUUCUUUCUUUUAAUUCGUGCUACCCGUCUGUCGGUUUGGUAGAUUUCUCGUGGCGUUUACGUUGAGGUGGACGUGCGCGAACACGUUGUAGACUAAAUAACGCGCAAAUGAAAUUGAACAAUCGUUAUUGCCAUUAACGCGAAAUAACAGCUAGGUAUGCGAGAUAACUUUACACACGUGGGAACACUAGCGCCACUCUAACACUGUAUACAGACACCGCAACACACUCAAUUGUAGGUGGAAGGAGUGUGGCGAAACAAUUUCUUUUUUAAAGAUCUGUCGGGAUUACGCGGCCACGUUGUGGAUUUAUUGUGAUUCAAUUUACUGGCGUGAAAAUUCUGCGAGUGUCCUUUGUCGCCGUCGAGUGUGGCGCAUGCGCAGUCGGUGCGACGUCUCCGUUGGGGGGGCGCCGUCCUCUUUCGACAGUCGCGCGACAGAUACGCGUAGUGGGAGAGAAAAUCGAAAUAGUAAUAAAAGAAAACAAGAGAAUGAAAAACAAACGAAGACAGAGAAAGGAGUGUAUAAUUUAGAGAAACGUAAGGAAGAAGAAAAAAGAAAGUAAAUGAAGGCACGAUAUAAGAUCCCUUAAGAGGCUGAAGGGGCCGUCAUAACGAUCGAUGGUAUCGGAUUGAUAAUUGAGAAUCCGCGCGAUGUACAUCGCAUAACUAGUUUUUCGAUUAUUCUUCUUCUCUCCUUCAAUCGUCUCAUUCGUUGUUGCUUUCUCCAUUUGUCUGUCUUGUAAUAUUUUUUUUUGUUUUCUUUCCCUUUCGUUUUUCUCCUUUCUAUACAUAUAUAUAUAUAUAUACUUUUUUUUUUGUAUAAUCGCAUUACCCAACGACGAAUGGUAUUCUGUUGCUUUGCCGUCCCGAAGAGAACAAAUUGUCGUUGCGCAGGUAACGUCACGGUCUACCUGAAAUUAGCUAAGAGACACUUUUACGCAGCGUGACCGGCUACGGCCGCUAUAGCUGCUCUAAUUUAGAUAAUGUAUGGGGUGGGUAGGGAGGGGGGGUUAAUUUUUUCUUAAGGAAUGCGUCUUUUAGGUACCUUUAGAAAUUUCUCGUGCCGCCGUAAACGAGGACACGCCAACGCGUUCGACAGACGGAAUGGAGGGGAGACUGUGUAAACUAUGAACGAAAAUUGGGAUUUAAGGACGUCGGUUUUUUUUUUCAAAUCUCGAGUACACGAUAAACUCUGAAAGCUUGCGCGAUGCGCAUCCGGUGGCGAGAGUCGUUUACGUUGUACAUCGACGAGUAACGGUUCUAAAUAGUAACUCGAAGACGUUGAUUCCGCAUAGCGAAGUGGGAAGAUAUUGAUAAAGAGGGAAAAAAAAGAGAAAACCGACACGAAUCGAACAAGAAAAUUAUAGGCGACGUUAAAAAAAAAAAAAAAAAAGAAAAUACUAACCGUGAACGACGAGACACGCGACUGAAGAGAGUGUAAUACCAAAAUAACGAGAUAAAUGAAAUAAAUGAAGGUUAGCCGAAGCAAGAAAUUAAAUGAAGAUACGGUUGCAGUUACAGGGGAGAUAAGAGGGUUAAAGGUAGUACGUGCUGAGGGUGAAUUGUGGCGGGGAGGUGGGAAGCAGAGGGAAAUAGGU